ACUGCCCCGCCUCCCACCGCCUCCCGGCGCUGCCGGAGUCGGGCGGGUGGGCGGCUAUAAAGCCGGUGGCGAGGGGAGUCGCCGCGCCCUGCGCCUUCGUGGCUCGCUCCCUUUGCCGCUCCGCCGCCCGGUCACCUCUGGUGCCUGAAGGAGGAAACAGUGACAGACCUGGAGACUGAAGUUCUUUGUCCCUCACACAGCUCUCGCACCAUGCCUGGGUCACUUCCUUUGAAUGCAGAAGCCUCCUGGCCAAAAGAUGUGGGCAUUGUUGCCCUUGAGAUCUAUUUUCCUUCUCAAUAUGUUGAUCAAGCCGAGUUGGAAAAAUACGAUGGUGUAGAUGCUGGAAAGUAUACUAUUGGCUUGGGCCAGGCCAGGAUGGGCUUCUGCACGGAUAGAGAAGAUAUCAACUCUCUUUGCAUGACUGUGGUUCAGAACCUCAUGGAGAGAAAUGGCCUUUCUUAUGAUUGCAUUGGGCGGCUGGAAGUCGGAACAGAGACAAUCAUCGACAAAUCCAAGUCAGUGAAGACCAAUUUGAUGCAGCUCUUUGAGGAGUCUGGGAACACAGAUGUAGAAGGAAUAGAUACCACGAACGCCUGCUACGGAGGCACGGCUGCUGUCUUCAAUGCUGUGAACUGGAUCGAGUCCAGCUCCUGGGAUGGACGGUAUGCCCUGGUAGUUGCAGGAGAUAUUGCCGUGUAUGCCACAGGAAAUGCUCGGCCUACAGGUGGCGUCGGAGCCAUUGCUCUGCUCAUUGGGCCAAAUGCUCCUUUAAUUUUUGAACGAGGACUUCGUGGGACACACAUGCAACAUGCCUAUGACUUUUACAAGCCUGACAUGCUUUCCGAAUAUCCCAUCGUGGAUGGGAGACUCUCCAUCCAGUGCUACCUCAGUGCAUUAGACCGCUGCUACUCUGUCUACCGCAAAAAGAUCCGUGCCCAGUGGCAGAAAGAGGGAAAUGAUAGAGAUUUUACCUUGAACGAUUUCAGCUUCAUGAUCUUCCACUCACCCUACUGUAAACUGGUUCAGAAAUCUCUGGCUCGGAUGAUGCUGAAUGACUUCCUGAAUGACCAGAACAGAGAUAAAAAUAGCAUCUAUGGUGGCCUGGAAGCCUUUGGGGAUGUUAAAUUAGAAGAUACUUACUUUGAUAGAGAUGUGGAAAAGGCAUUUAUGAAGGCUAGUUCUGACCUCUUCAAUCAGAAAACGAAGGCAUCUUUGCUCGUAUCCAAUCAGAAUGGAAACAUGUACACGUCCUCCGUGUAUGGCUCCCUUGCCUCUGUUCUGGCCCAGUACUCGCCUCAGCAGCUGGCAGGAAAGAGGAUUGGCGUGUUCUCCUAUGGCUCUGGCUUGGCUGCCACCCUGUACUCCCUUAAAGUUACCCAAGAUGCCACCCCAGGUUCUGCUCUUGAUAAAAUCACAGCAAGUCUAUGUGACCUUAAAUCGAGGCUCGACUCAAGGACGUGUGUGGCACCAGCUGCUUUUGCAGAAAGCAUGAAGCUCAGAGAGGACACUCAUCACCUGGGCAACUACAUUCCCCAGAGUUCCAUAGAUUCCCUUGUUGAAGGAACAUGGUACCUGGUUCGAGUGGAUGAAAAGCACAGGAGAACUUACGCCCGGCGACCCUCUCCAAAUGCCAACACUUUGAAUGAAGGAGUAGGACUUGUGCAUUCAAGCACAGCCACUGAGCACAUUCCAAGUCCUGCGAAGAAAGUGCCACGGCUCCCGGGGACGGCAGCAGAGCCGGAAGCAGCUGUCAUCAGCAACGGGGAGCAUUAAGAACUGCCGUGCCGUGCGGGGAAGACCCGUGUGGGCCGGGCGGGGUGGGGUAUGUAUGGGAACGGUUGGGAAUGGGAUGUCUGGGACAAUAUUAAAGGAUUACAUGUUGCUUAAAAUUUUGUGACUGACAUGGAGCCUGGAAAACUAUCGUGUUCUUGGGAAAGUCUCUGCUCAGUUUGCUAAUUCGCUUCCUAUUGAGUCUAGCUGAUGCUUACUGUUCUCCAUGAUGUUAAGGGCUCUGCAAAACUUCAUACCUCUCCGGCCAUUCGUAUGCAUGAAGCUUAGUUUUUAAAUGUGGUUUGAUGAGUCGUUUGUUUCUGGCAGAAAGGAGCAGAGGUACUGGUCUUCGAUUUUAAUUUUUUUGAAUGGAUAAGAAUUUUAUACUUUGAACAAACAAGAUUACUGAAAGUACCUGUGGUUUUUGAUAAAAAGUUUCUAGUUUAAGGAAUGUGCUCUUACAUGUGAUAUACACAAACCCUGUUUGAAAAUGGCAAGACAAACAUGUUGUUUUUCUAAACUCUGUACAUUCUGGAGAGAAGAGUUGGAAACUGGAAUGUGGCUUUAAAUCCAGGCAGCGGUGGCGAGUGAUUGCAGGGCCUGAGCGGAGAGGCUGGCCCUGAGCAGGCCUGGGAGGGCGGCCUGGUGUGUUUCAGCUCUGAGUGUGGCUCUAGGUCUGCCCUGAAUCCGUUCAUGCUGGACGAGGCGGAAAAACACUGAGAUGUUACUGGAACUUGUGUAUGAGGAAGCUUGUUGCUGCAGUCCUUCUGUGUACCCUAUUUUGAAGAAUAAACAAAACAUUUUUCUGGCUGCCUUUUCAAAAUUUUAAAAAGGAGGGAUAGGGCAAGGCGCUAGUUACUCUGAUGCGUCAGUGUUAUAAAUGCAACCGAAAGACUGUGUAAGUAUUCUUUUCCUUUUUUAAAAAAAAUCUGUUUAAUGAAAAUAAAAAGGUAAAACCCAAGUUUUUACAUAGUUUAAUCAGCCAAAAUGAGUAUUCCACUUAGAUCUGGAAGUAGGAUCUAUAAAGCAUUUUCUCAGACUUCCACCUUAAGAAAACCAUCACAAGGUCCGAAUAAGACUGGCUAGACAGUUCUGUAGAUAUUUUUGGUGCUGAACUAUGACAUGAGCCUUAUAGAUUGUAAAAUAGAGCUAGUUGGAACUAAUGUACAGAAUUCAAUUUUUAAAACUUUAUUUGCUGUUAAAUUCUGUGAAGUCUCAGUUAUCUAAAAUAAACGUACACAAAUAUGAAAUGUAAUGUUUCACAUUGCAAGGUAAUAUGUAAUGUAGUGUUUGUAAAAUACUCUUGUCUAAUAUUAACUAGUGGUACUUUGAUUUGUACAGUCAUACUUUGUUAAAAUGACUUCAUUUUAACAUCCAGAUAAAUAAUGGAAGUUCAGAUUUAAAGAUCGAUGGGAAAGUGGUGCAUGCAAUACUUCCACAAGUAUUGGGAGUUUGGUAUGUUUUAAAAAGAGUAACUUUGGUGUCAGAAAAAGGGUUGUCUCAAAGUCCAUUGCCAGCAAUGGGCAGGCCCAGUAAUAUGGCACAGAAUUAACUGUACACCUUAUUGACAGUGAGGUGAAUAACUUUGAAUAAAGUUUUCGAGAAAUAUGGCA